UCCACAGUUAUUGUUAUCGGGGCCGAGCCGACAGGAGGUCGGGGGCGUUCGGGAGAGAGAAAAGAGAGAGAAAAAAGUAAUAAUAACAAAUUGUAAAAAAACAAACAGACUAACCAGAUCCACUUCUGGAUAUGUGUUCUUAUCUGAGAUAAUAUCACAAAAAAGUUUCUUUUCAAUAAUUAUCGAUCAGUGAGAAGGCCGAGCCCAAGAACCGCCAGGAAAAAAGACCCACAAUGUUACGACUGUUGACUUUAGUGUCGCUGGCGUGCGUCGCUUUGGCCGACGACGGCGAGUUGAUGAAAGUGCCCACGUACCUCAUGAACUACAUCCUGGACUGCAAGAGGCAAUCGAUCGAGAGCGGCUACGGAGUCCCUGUCUAUCAGACCAACAUCAAGCAGUCGGGGACGUCGCAGCACGUGAGUCUCCUGGACUUGGAUGAGCUUGAGGACUCGCUGAAGCAGGCGGUGCACAACGAGGCGGUUGUGGCGCACGUCCUGAGCCAGGUGAACGACGCGGUCAAGACGGCCACCGACAACCCGAAGGCAAGGUCCGGCUGUACGGUCGAGAACCACAUCCAGAUCGCCAUUCCCCCGCGGGAGAUGGACGAGUUCAACGACCGUGUGCAGAUGCUCAUUCAGCAGAACAGUUUCCUUCUUCUGGAGCAGAUUAACACACUUUUCGCCUUCAAACUGCGUUCGCUGAAGAGUGACAUGGAAAAGGUGAUUAAGCGGAGGUACAACGCCCUCGAGAGCAAGUUGGACUUGAUCAUGGGAGCGCUCGGCGUCGAAAUGCCCGAGGAAUCCAAGCCAACCACCGACGACGACGUCGACAACCCUGUGACUGAAAUGCCGGAAGUCAUCACCGAUUCCGUGUUCCCCAGCCUGGUCCCUCAGCCCGACCCCAGCCCAGAGCCCGAGCCGGUGGCAACGCCCGGCCCAAUCCCGCAGCCCGAACCGACGGUACAACCGGUUCCUGAACCCGCCCCCGAACCCAUUGCAGAACCAGAACCGACGUCUCGACCAGAUCCCGACGACGAUGACGACGACGACUUAGACUUCACGGAGCGACCCGACACCACGGAGGACCCCAACUCAGGCGACCAGUCGAGCGACGAAGCCCCCGAUAGCUCAGGCUCCUCCAUUGGCUUCAUCAGGACGCCACAGCAGCCGGCUUCGGACAGCCCCAUGGUGUCUCACAGCGGCUUCGGCUUCAUGCGGCCCAUCGUGUCCCGCCCCUUCACGCGCCGGAAGGUCCAGCGCCCCAGCAACUUCUGGCGUGAUCGUCUGGAGCCAUAUAGGGCGUCAGCGGCGUCCCACAGGAGAACUCUACGGCGCCGGGAAGGAGCACCACAGCAUGCCACACCACAGAGCUCAGUCAUGCACUCUGAUUUCGAAGAACCUUUGCCAUUCAGCCGCGGUUCAAACAGGCAAGAUCGCGUCAACGCCCGGAAAGCGUAUCGGAAUGCUUUCAGGAGAGGAUCGUCGUACAUGUAUACGGGAUUUUAGAUGUUCUCUUGUUUUCCUGGCAUUUGAGCAGGUAUAGGGAAUUAUAAAUGUUCUUUUGUUUUCUUGGCAUUUGAACAUGUAUAUGGGAUUGUAGAUGUCCAUGUACAUGUAUAAGGGAUUAUGGAUAUUUUGUUUUCCUGGCCGUACAUGUAUAGGGGAUUAUAGAUGUUCUUUUGUUUUCCUGGCAUCUGAUGUAUUUUUGUUUUAUAAGGAUAUUCGUAAAAUUUGGCUUUGAUGUACAUCUGUUUCUUUUUUUCAGUUAAUUUGCUUCCUCGUGUUCUAUAUAGAUUUUUAUAUUCUCAUGGAAACUUGGAGUGCUUGUCCUGAAUUUUUUGUCUCUAGUUAUAAACGAUGUGAUAGCGCGUGUAUGUAUAAUAUGUAAGAAAAAAUUAGAUUAUACUGAUGAAAGGCUGUGAGUAAACAACAAUAAGCUGAAAAAUAAUUAUACAGAUAUAUAUACUAUAAAUACACACUAUACAUACACGCAUACAUACUGGGCAUUCAUGUGUACAAUAUAUCUCUAUUCUUGUAUCGAUGUGGUUUUAUAUGUACAGUUCUCACUCUUUUAGAUUAUAAAUAAAAUGCUAGUUCUAAAUA